CUUGGAUAUAGUGGGUUUCAUUUAUUCGAAGCAGUGGCAGGUUGUAUCCUCUCAUUUUUAUCAGUAUUUGAAUGGCCCUCCCGGUAUCCCACUUUCUCCGGAUAUUCCACAUACGUAUGUUAGUUGUUGCUCUGGCUAUCAGAGUUGGUUUCCUAUGGUUAAAUCUUUUGUAGUAGGGUUCUUUAUUUCGCAUCCAACCCUCUACUCCAGUUUGGGAAUAUCAGUAACCGGCGAGGCUCUAGGAUGUGUUACAUUAGCAAACCCAGUAAAACGAGACAUUUCAGUCUUCGCCCGUAAGUUAUUUUGCCUAACUAGUCCAAACACUAAUCAAACAAACAAGUAGUAAAGUACAAAAUAAAUAACUGACAAAGAUUUUUUGUGUGGGAAUCGGAAUGCUUUUACAAUUGAAGUUGGAAAAGUUAAUGACCAUAUUGUUAGACAUUCGGGAAGUUGACCUUAUGAAGGAAAACACUUCAAAAUCUUCCGUCCUGCGUUUAAAAUCCUCUCAUUUCACAUCUUUGGAACUCGAAUAGGUGUUUAAUAUAAGAUGACGUGUAAGGAUGGCGAGACCUGAUUUAUGGACUAAUCUCACAAUCUUAAAGAUAGCCGUGCAGAGAUGAAAUCAUAGACAAAGUUCAUUUGAUAGGUAGAUAGUGGUAUGUUUGAAUCCACUACUUAGUAUUUAAAAGUAGAAUCAUUAAACAUAUGAACUACAACUAUACACAGUUGUAUUGGAUCAUAUGUACUUUUCUGUAUCUUAGUAGUUUACAUUCUUAUCUUUUAACAAUUCGGGAUCAGAUUUCAUCGUAUCUAUUGUCAAACUGUCUCGGGAACCUGCGUUUGGAGUGUUUGCUUUUCAUGUGUUUCGAUCUUAAAUGCCCAAAAUGUCUCGCCAUGUGCAAUACUAGUUUUUUUGACUUUAUGAGUGUGUUUGUGUCGAAUACAUAACACAGUGGUGUUACUUCGAUCGGUAAAUAUUGCCCAGUUUACUCGGUAUACUCAAUUCAGCAUUACAGCACAUCUGGGUACCAAUUUGCAUAGUUGAUAGAUCCAGAUGUAAUGAUAUCUCCACAUCUAUAUUUUCCCUUUCUUUGUAGAUAUAGUGCGAAUUUGUGUUUCUCAGUAUUCAUUUUACUCUACAGGUGUUCACUGUAUCAUUAUUUCCUUUUUUUUUAAGUAAUGAAGAUGACCUUACUCAAAUGUAUCAGUGGAUAUUAGCUCAGGCAGCAACAAUUGAAGAGGAUAUCGGGGAGGCGGAUCAAAUCGCGUGCCUGGAUAACUUACACGCUGAAUUUGCACGGCUAAUUAAUUCACAACAAUCAGGUUUGCCUCCUGUUCAAGAUCAUAAGUUUAUGCGUGGUUUACUUCAAAGGCUAGCUGGUAAACAUGGUCGAUUUCGUGGUAGCCUAUUGGGUAAACGAACGAAUUUUACUGCCAGAACUGUUAUUUCACCAGAUCCAAAUAUGCGAAUUGAUGAGGUAUGUAUUCCAGUCCAUUGUGCAAAAUUGCUAACAUAUCCUGAACGUGUGACUGAUUUCAAUCUUAAUUUUCUCCGAUCUCUUGUACUGAAUGGGCCAAAUAACUAUCCUGGAGCUAUGUUUGUUAGUUAUAAACUACGUGGUGAGAGGAAACGUCAAGCCGAAGCAUCUGGUACUUCUGAUGUAGUAAAACGUUUCUUGGCAUCUGAACGUGCACGUGAAGACGUGGCAAAAUAUUUACAAUCAGGUGAUAUAGUUGAAAGACACUUAUUGGAUGAUGAUAUUGUACUAUUUAACCGUCAACCCUCACUACAUCGUGUAUCUAUUCAAGCAUUCAGAGCGGUUGUAAAACCUUUUCGAACUUUUCGUUUCAAUCCGUGCUGUUGUACACCAUUUAAUGCAGAUUUCGAUGGGGAUGAAAUGAAUAUACAUCUUCCACAAACUGAAGCAGCUCGUGCAGAAGCAAAACAUCUUAUGCUGUCUCUCAAGAAUAUUGUUAGCCCUAAAAAUGGUGAACCGUUAAUUUCACCAAUUCAAGACCUAAUCACUGCAACACAUUUGUUGACCGUGAAAGACGUUUUCCUUAAUCGUGAUCAGGCAUGUACUUUAGCCGCUCAACUAUUAGCUGGUAACCAUUUGGGUCGACUUUUAAGUUUACCGAAACCGGCUAUAUUAUGGCCUGUUGCUCUAUGGACUGGUAAACAGAUAUUUGGUCUCAUUCUUUCACCGCAUCCAUCCACUGGAAUUAAGGUUAACCUUCGGGUACCAACAAAGUCUAUGUAUUCAUCAAAAGGUUCAGAAAUGUGUCCAAAUGAUGGUUUUGUUCUAAUUCAAAAUAGUGAACUCCUUGCGGGAUGUGUAGAUAAAAAGUUACUUGGAGGUGGAAGCAAGUCAAGCAUAUUCUACACAUUACUUCGAGAUUAUGGUAGAGAAUCUUGCGCGGAUGCUAUGUGGCGUUUAGGAAGAAUUGCUUUGUUUUUCUUGGCACAUCGGGGUUUUUCGAUCGGACUUGGUGAAGUAAUGCCCAGCCCAGAUCUUGUUGCAUCUAAAACAGCAUUGAUUAGUCGUGGAUUUGCCACCUGUGACGAUUAUAUCAAUCAAUAUCAGAUGAAUACACUAGUCUGUAAUCCAGGAUGUAGUAUGGAGGAUACGCUUGAAUCUAAUAUAAGUCAAGAGUUGUCGAAAAUUCGUGACGAAGCAGGAGCAGCUUGUAAACGUCAGCUUCAUCCAUCAAACUCACCACUUGUCAUGGCUCAGUCAGGGUCAAAAGGUUCAUUUCUCAACAUAUCUCAAAUGAUUGCUUGUGUUGGUCAACAAGUAAUUGGUGGAAAACGUGUUCCAGAUGUCAUUAAUGGACGCAGUCUAGUUCAUUUCCCUCCAGGUUCACGAACACCUGAAGCAAAAGGCUUUGUUGGAAAUAGCUUUUAUUCAGGUCUUUCACCAUCCGAAUUCUUUUUUCAUGCUAUGAGUGGUCGUGAAGGGUUGACUGAUACUGCUGUAAAAACUGCAGAUACAGGUUAUAUGCAACGAAGACUGGUCAAGUUUCUUGAAGAUUUGGCGGUGGCUUACGAUGAUACUAUACGUGAUAGUCGGGGCGAUAUAAUUCAAUUUCGUUACGGUUCCGAUGGCCUGGAUCCUUUGGAAAUGGAGACAGAUACAUUUCCUGUGAAUUUUAUCAAAGAAAUGGAACAUAUAAGAACUAGUUAUGAUUGCCCUCAUGAAGUUGGAAUGUCUGCUGAAGAGUUAGAACUAGCAGUAGAGGUUGUCUUUCAACUUGAUGCAUUUCGACAUUUAGAUAGUCGCUUAUGUUCAGCAAUCAAAGAAUUUAUACACAAUUCAGUUUGUCCGAAAAUCCGUAAAUGGCAAGAAUGGUGUACAGAAAAUGCAAAUGGGUCAAAUUUAAUCAACCAAAAUGAACGUCUGACUAGAACACAACUACGUAUAUUUUUGACACAUGUUAAAGAGAAAUAUGAGAAAGCUUUAAUUGAACCAGGUACAGCUGUUGGUGCAUUAUGUGGUCAAUCUGUUGGUGAACCAGCUACGCAGAUGACAUUAAAAACAUUUCACUUUGCUGGUGUAGCCAGUAUGAAUAUUACACAAGGUGUCCCACGUAUGCGUGAAAUUGUUAAUGCAGCAGCCAAAAUUAAAACACCAUUGAUAUGUGUUACUUUAACUGAUCCAUUCUCAGCAUCACUAGCGCGUCAAGUUAAAUUGUCUAUUGAACCAACACGACUAGCAGAUAUAUCAUUAUCAUUAAAUCAGUGUUUAACACCAGAAUAUGUAUAUGUUGCUAUUAAAUUAGAUAAAAAACGAAUGGAUAGACGUGGGAUUACAACACCUCAAGUGGCUACAGCUAUUCAAACUACUAAGUUAAAAAAGAUCAAAUUAUCGCGUGUAACCUAUUCAAAAGAUUAUAUAUUUGUAUAUCCAGUGGAUUUAAAUGCAUUGGAAACAGUUGUCAAAUUAGUUGAAGAUGUUAUUGUCAAGGGCAUACCUGGUGUAUCUCGUGUUGUAAUUCAACAGGAUAAAGGUGAACAUAGAGUUUUUGUUGAAGGAGCUCGAUUACGUGAGGUAAUGUGUAUACCAGGCGUCGUAGCUGAACGUACACGAAGUAAUAAUAUUUUAGAAGUGGAACAAGUGUUGGGUGUGGAAGCAGCUCGACGUGUUGUUAUUGAUGAACUACUAGCCGUUAUGGAAGGUCACGGUGUCGAAGUUAAUGUACGUCAUGUAAUGCUGUUAGCUGAUGUUAUGACUAAUAGGGGUGAAGUAUGCGGUUAUCAGCGAACUGGAAUGGCUAAAGCGAAAAAUAGUGUACUUUGUUUAGCUUCCUUUGAACGAACUGGUGAUCAUUUGUUUGAAGCUGCCUAUCAUUGUCAAGAUGACCAAUUGACUGGUGUUACAGAAAACAUCAUUCUAGGGAAUCCAACCAGAGUUGGAACUGGAACAUUCGAUCUGCUAAGUGAUAGAUGGGAGAAAAAUUUACAACUUGACAUUAAACCAACAUUGUUAAAUUUUUAAAAUAAACGAAUUCUACUGUUUUGUAUUUAAUAAUUUUUUUUCUCUUACAUCAUCGUCAUGAUACAUUUCUGUGUGUAUGUGUAUGUGUACAUAAAAAUGAUUUGACUUAUUGUACAAAUUUACAUUUCUUAAUCAUCUGUUUAUAUUUUCGUUAUUAUUAUUACAAAGUGUGAGAGAAAAUUAGUCUCUCCCCCCCCUCUCUCUCUCUAUACAAUUUUCACUGGAAUUCAUCUAUUGCCAAUUUCAUUUGUUUUAAAGAAUCAUUAAAUAAAAUGAAAAGACACUAUGCUUCUGUCUAUAUUGUAUCAUUUGUUUUCUUUAUAUUAAAUAGCUAUUGAAGAAAUUAAACAGUUAUGUUAUAUCGUUUAUUUUAGCUAAAUGAAUUCUAUUCAAUAAUUCUUCACUGUAACUAACAAACUGAAGGAUUUUGAUAUACUGUUACAUUUUAUUAAAGAGUACUUAUUACUAGUCUAGUUCAAGAGAUUUGUGAUUGUAAAUUUUACUGUUUACAUAGUUGCUUAGAGUGGGGGAAUGUAACAAUAAUUCGAAAAGUAAACCAAUUCAGCACGUAACAUUACAGCGACAUUAAGAAGGAUUUUCUUUUUGUUUUUGUAAAUACUCACUGUGAUAGCAUUGAUAAUAUUGGAUUUAGAAGUGAAUAUCACUUGGAAAUAUUUUUCAUUGAAAAACAUUUCUACUGAUC